AUGCUGCGCUUCCCCGUGAAGAAGAUCCGGAAGCAGUUCAAGCUCCUGCUGCUGCUGGUCCUGCUCACAUCAGCCGUGUGGUUCACCUACCUGCACAUCAACCAGGGCAAGACCAUCAAGCUGCACUUCAACUAUGGAAAAGAUGGAGAGCGGCAGACGGAGGGGACGGACGCCAGCCGAAAAAGAGACGCCCGCUCCUCGGCCGGACACCACAAGAGCGAGGACACGAGCGACAGCAGGGAGGACGACGGCGCGGACGACGAGCCAAUCGCGGGAGGUUCUGACGGCAGAGACCACGCCCACGUCCGCAAGUUCCUCAACCAGAACCACAAGAAGUUACCAUGGAAACCAGAGUUUAAGGGCCAGGCGAACCUCCACGUGUUUGAGGACUGGUGCGGCUCGUCGGUCGCUCAGCUCAGAAAGAACCUGCACUUUCCUCUUUACCCUCAUACCAGAACCACAGUGAAAAAGCUGGCGGUGGCUCCAAAGUGGAAGAACUACGGCCUGAGAAUAUUUGGCUUCCUCCACCCUUACAGAGACGGUGAUUUCCAGUUCUCGGUAUCGUCGGAUGACAACUCCGAGUUCUGGCUGAGUCCCGAUGAGAGUCCUCUCAACGCCAGGCUGCUGGUCUACGUGGGACAGCUGGGCACAGAGUGGACGGCGCCGGGCGAGUUCGGCAAGUUCAGGUCCCAGUCCUCCAAGUCUGUGCAUCUGAUCUCAUCCAGACGAUACUACUUCGAGAUCCUUCACAAGCAGGAUGACAAAGGCUCAGAUCACGUCGAGGUGGGGUGGCGUCCGUUCCUCCCCGGCCUGAAAUACGAAGUCGUCGACUCGGCCUACAUCUCCUUGUACACAGAUGAGUCCAAUCUGAAGAUGAACAGCGUGGAUCACAUCCCUCAGACCUUGGCCAGUCACGUCCGUCUCCCGGAGGACUCUCGGCCGCCGGGCGUGGAGGCACGGCGGCUCAGCCUGCACGGGGCCGACAUGCUGAAGCCGGACCCCAGGGACACCUUCUACAGCACCCCGAUGAUCGAUCCCUCUCGCCUGGAAAACGUCCUUCCAGCCUGUCUCUACUCUCCAACCUAUGUGGUCAAAGACUUUCCCAUCGCCAGAUACCAGGGCCUGCAGUUUGUCUAUCUGUCUUUCGUCUACCCAAACGACUUCACCCGCCUCACCCACAUGGAGCGAGAGAACAAGUGUUUCUACAGAGAGUCUCCUAUCUACUUGGAAAAGUUUGGUUUUUACAAAUAUAUGAAGAUGGAUGAGGAAGAGGAUGACAGACCGUUCUUCUUCCCCAACCCAGAUGAUUUCCUGGAGGAGGAGGAAAUGGUGGAUACGGAGGACGAGGCAGAAAUCGUUGGGACACAAGCGCCCAAGAAGCCGUCUCGUCCCAGCCAGAGCAGCCACACCUCGAAGCCUCCACAUCAACACUCGAGGCCCGGGCCCACGCCGGCCGACCGAGGAGCGGAGGAGGAGGAGGAGGGUGAAGAGCCCAACGGAGAAGACGAGGGAAACGCUGACAGCGUCGUACGGCGCAGAGAGAGGAGACACUUCCCUCACAGAGACCGAGGUCUGGACAGAGACUGGGGACGAGAUCACACCAGAGGAUACAUGAGACAGGACUCCACAAAGGAGGUGGAGGAGCCCCAGCCCAGGGUUCUCCGACCUGAGAUGGAGAGUGUGGUUCGGGGCCGCUCUCUGUCCUGGGUCCGUACUGAUCCUUCAGAGGUCGAUCCGGUCAAGAAAGGUGCCGGAUCGGAGAAAGGAGGCGAGUUGCGCGUUAAAUUCAGCAAGUCUUCCCUCCUUUUCCCCCAGAAGUCGUCCCUCUCUGCCCUCGCCAGCCGAGCCAGGCAGAUCCUCAGCAACUCCGCCCACAGCACCAUCCUCCACGAGAACAGUAAACUCACCGGAGGCAAGAAGGACAAGAAGGAGGAGAACAAGAUCUACAUCACAAGGCCUCGGCCGGCAAAGGAAAGGGAGAAAGAGAGGGAGAGGGAGCAGCGGCGAGAGAGGAGGGAGGACAGGGCGUCUCGCCACCCAAGAGAAGUUUUCCCAGGUGUCUUUUUGUACCAAACUGGGAAAACUACCAAGCUGGUUAACCUGGGUGCCAAAGGACGUGUUGUGGGAGGAGUAACAGGAGGUCGGAGCCUCAUUAGUGCCCCUCAGCUCUGGCCCAAUCCCCCCACUAAACCAGGUAAGGCGACGCCUCAUAAUGGGAGUGUCAAUGAAAUCGUGCAAAAACCUGCCAGCAAGGGGGUCGGACCAAAACAAGCAGAGAAAAGUAAAAGGAAAGGGGAGAUGCGAGACUCAAAAACUACUGUCACAGCUGAUCUACCCAGAAAAGGAGACCUGCUGAUCCCACUCUCCUAUCACCAAGAUCCGCCUCGUCCUCCCGUUACGCCUCCAGGGUCGAACGACACAGAAAACAUUGUUCAAGGCCAAACACGAGUCACUUCGUACCUCAAGACCUCAGAGAUCACCGAGUCUCACCAACAGCCGGAUCCAGAACCCAACCAGACCGACAACGACCAAGAAACCAACCGUUCCAAUCCCGACCCCGAACCCGAGCCCGAGCCCGAGCCGGAGGAAGGCGAGAUGUCCGACUACAGCUACGAAGAGGUGGAGGCCCGGCCGGGCUGGGCGGAGGAGAGCAUCAACUGGCAGAGGACCUUCUCCGUCAACCCCAUGGACUUCGAGCUGCUGCGCUCCGACUGGAACGACCUGCGCUGCAACGUGUCCGGAAACCUCCAGCUGGCGGAGAGCGAGGUGGUGGACGUGCUGGCGCAGUACAUGGAGAAGCUCAACGAACGGAACGGAGGAAUCUACACCCUGCUGCGAAUCAUCAACGUGGAGAAGCGGCGCGACUCGGCGCGAGGGAACCGUUACCUGGUGGAGCUGGAGCUGAUGGAGCGCGGCCGCAGCGUGCUGCGCCUCUCGGAGUACAUUUACCUGCUGCUCCACCGCGGCCGGCAGGGGGAGGAGAGUCUGGAGAACACGGACUCCGCCCCGGCCUCGGCGCCGGCCUCCGCCCCGUCCACGGCCACGCCCGGCCUCACCACCCCGCCGCCGCCCCCUUCCACCAGGUCCCCGGUCCGGCCGGGAGCCACCGCUUGGAGCACGGCCUACGCCAAGCCGCUGCUGUGCCAGCCGGUGAUGCUGCAGUGGAGGAGGGAUGUCAUGGUGCAUUUUGUGGUGCCAGUGAAGAACCAGGCGCGCUGGGUGCAGCAGUUCAUCUCAGACAUGGAGAAUCUGCACCGGCAGACGAAGGACGACAACUUCAGCAUCAUCAUCGUUGACUUCGAGAGUGAAGAUAUGGACGUGGAGCAGGCGCUCAGAGACAGCAGCGUACCGCGAUACGAGUAUCUUCGGAGAGAAGGGAACUUUGAGCGCUCGGCAGGACUGCAGAUCGGAGUGGACACCAUCGAGGAUAGUCACAGCAUCGUGUUUCUGUGUGAUCUCCACAUCCACUUUCCUCUCAACAUCCUGGAAAGCAUCAGGAAACACUGCGUGGAGGGACGCCUGGCGUUCGCACCCAUCGUGAUGAGACUCAGCUGCGGGAGUUCACCCCUGGAGCCUGACGGUUACUGGGAGGUGAACGGCUUCGGCCUGUUUGGGAUCUACAAGUCUGAUUUUGACAAGAUUGGAGGGAUGAACACAGAGGAAUUCAAAGACCGCUGGGGAGGAGAGGACUGGGAGCUGCUCGACAGGGUUCUUCAGAACGGUCUGGAAGUAGAGAGACUUCGCUUAAGGAACUUCUUUCACUACUACCACUCCAAAAGAGGCAUGUGGAACGCCCAGAACAAGAAGAGUCCAAAAGGAUAGCAGCAGCUGU